AUGUUGGCUGCAACAAUCACAGCAGCGCUGAUCUAUUUUAUGGUGCAAAGCUCUGGAGCAUUGGCCCUUGGUACAGCAUGUUGGGAUGAACGGCUAUCGCGAGUGGGGAAAAACAACAGCUGUGUGGCCUCACAGCCUUUCCUGAUAUUCGGCCAUGGGAAAGCUAUUCAUCGGAUUGACCUCGAUGGAAAGAGCCAGAGAAGGCUUGUUGCCGGGGUUGGGAGCUCAAUCCUGCUCGACUUUCACUUCAGAGAGGAGAGAGUUUACUGGGCUGACAAACACACUGGGGUCAUCUACAAAGCGUCAGUGAGGGGCGUGCACAGACAGAAACUGUACUCAUCUGACAAACAUAUCACGGGUCUUGCAGUGGACUGGAUUUGGAACUGUGUAUACUGGACAAGUGGAGAAAAGGGAAAAGUCAAGACAAUGGAUAUAAAUGGGAAAAACGAAAGAACUCUUUUAAGACACUUGACCCGACCAAGUUCUAUAAAUGUUGACCCCAUUAACAGGUUUCUUUUUUGGCUGUCUGGUGGGAUGACUCCAAGUAUCCAGCGGUCUGAUGUGACAGGACAGAUGAAAACUACACUUAUUAAGAUGGCAGAACAACUGGAAGCACUGUCGAUUGACCGAGAGGACAAAAGACUGUUCUGGGUUCAGUUUGGUCUGCAGGGAGAAAGUGCAGUUGCCUCUUGUGAUUACAACGGGAAUGCCCUGCACAUUAUUGAUCAGCCCCUUCGGUCUCAGUCACUGGGGAUAUCUGUUUUCCUGGAACACUUGUACUACACUGAUGCAGCAUCUCGGGUUAUAAAACAAGUAAACAAGUAUGCUGGAGGAGAGCCACUGAAUGUUAACAUCAAACAAAUGGCAAAACCCCCAGUUGAUAUCAAAGUGGUGCAUCCCCUCAACCAGCCAAUGGCAGACUCCCAAUCAUCAUUUGCAGGUUGUGACGAUCUGAGUGGAAACUGCAUCAAUGUGUGUUCCAGUCUAGCCGAGCAAGGGACCUGCCAGUGCAGCCAAGGCUUUGCUCUCAGCAAGCAAGGCACUCAUUGUGAAGAUGUGAAUGAAUGCGCCCAUUGGAACCACGGCUGCUCUCUUGGUUGUGAAAACAUCCCUGGCUCUUAUUUCUGUACCUGCCCUGAAGGAUAUGCCCUCCUACCAGACAGGAAGACAUGUGGAGAGAUCAUACCAUGUGAAGGCAAUAUGACAAAGUGUGGCCAGGGAUGUCUGACAACAGAGGAGGGUGCUGUCUGUGUGUGUCCAGAGGGAUCUGUGCUGCAGGAGGAUGGACAAGCCUGUACUGGCUGCUCGUCUGCAGACAGAGGGGGUUGCAGUCAGCUCUGUACUCCUGUCACCCCUAGUAGGUGGCAGUGUGGUUGUCUGCCUGGCUACCAGCUCGACCAAGAUGGCAAGCGCUGCACUGCCUCUGGACCACCACCCUAUCUACUAGUUGCCAAUCUAGUGGAUGUACGGAAAAUUAAUCCUGAUGGCACUGGGGAUAAAACCAUUGUAGAAGAGCCCAGAGGAAUAAUCAUAGCGUUGGACUAUGAUCCUGUUGAAAACAAUGUGUACUUUGCCAGUACAAGUCAGAAGACAAUUGAGCGAGUUGAUCUGAACACUGGGUCCAGAGACGUUCUUGUCUCUGAUGGUUUGGACUCUCCAGAAGGACUGGCGAUCGACUGGGUCCACCGCAGGAUGUAUUGGACAGAUAAAAGCCAGUCAACUGUUGACUGCAGUACAUUGGAUGGACAGAACAGAGAAACCAUUGUAAGCAAAGGGCUGGAUAAACCAAGAGGAAUCGCAGUUCAUCCUAUAGCAAAGAAGUUGUUCUGGACUGAUAUCGGGGCCCAGCCUGUCGUGGAAAGUGCCUCAUUGGAAGGGAACGACCGUGUUGUCAUUGCGAGCACCAACCUUGUGUCACCAAGUGGCCUGACCAUCGACUUCACAGAGGAUCGUCUGUUCUGGAGCGACCAGACGAGGGGCCUGGUGGAGACUGCUGCUCUGGACGGUUCAGAUCGACAGGUCCUGCUAGAGAACCAAGUAGGUCGACCUUUUGGCAUUGCAGUAUUUGAGGACACGUUGUGGAUAUCUGAUCGGGAGCACCAGCAGCUGAAGAGCGCACACAAGCGGACUGGGAGAAAACUGCAACGUAUCCAUGGCAACAUGGUCCAACCUGCAUCCAUCGUGGUGGUUCAUCCCCUUGCUAAACCAGGGGCCGAUGUUUGCCUUCACCUGAAUGGAGGCUGUGCUCAGGUGUGUGAAAGCAAACUGGGAUUCGCCCACUGCUCCUGUCUGUCACACUACAUCCUGUCAGCUGAUGGAAACAACUGUUUGCCUCUUGAUGCUUCAAAUAGAACAGAAGAAUCUGGAGAAAGUGAAUCCACUGACCUAACAUCGCUUAAAAACAAGACAUUCAAUGAUGAGAGCACACCUCUAACAACACCUGGACGCUCUGCUGAUGAAACAGACUCUGAUAUCGACAGCGAACCAGCUCUCUUCACAGACAAGAUGAUUUCAGACCAGAAUGAGUGUUACUCGCUCCGCUGUGAUGUAAAUGCACAGUGCCUGAUGAACGCUGGCAGCCCAACCUGUGUCUGUGUGGAAGGUUUUACAGGUGAUGGACAGCUGUGUGUGGAGUUGGAGACCACAUCGCCACUGGUGACGACCAGCAGCCCUGCUGAUGUCAUCAUCCGGCACCACAACAGUAACUCAAUAGAGAGUUGCCCCUCGACGCAUGACUCCUACUGCCUGUACCAGGGAGUCUGCCUCUACUUUCCUGAAAUGGAGUCCUAUGCUUGCAAUUGUGCAUCAGGCUACAUGGGGGAGCGCUGUCAGUUCAGUGACCUGGAGUGGUGGGAGCUGCAGCAGGCCGAGGAGGAGAAGAGGAGGAACGUGGUCAUCGCAGCCUGCAUGGUGGUCCUCGUUUCCCUGCUCUCCAUCGCUGCCUGCGUCACAUACUGCUACGGAACCAGAAGAUUCUUCCACAAACAGCCCUCAGUGGAUAAUGUGAGUGAGACCAGCGUGACAGAUGAGAGCAUGUCAGAGAUCAACACUACCACUGUGCCUCCGUUCUACAUGAUGGCAGAAAAUGGUGUGGGGGGAAUGGUCAUUCCAGCCAUGGGCUGUCCCAGGAGAGCCGUCUGUCCAUCCUGUUCUUCAGAAACAGGGGACAACCAUGUGCCUGAAGAGUCCAAAACACUGUCCCAACACAACAGAGGGUACAUGUGCUCCAUGUUGUCGGCUGCUGCCAUGGAGACAACACAACCCGCUGUGUACCCCGCUGUCAGCCCACUGUCAAGCUCAUAUACUUGUUCAUCUUUCAAGCCACCAUUGCUCUCCCAGACUCCCAGCCCAGAGCCCCCUGCUUCCUAGUUUACCAGAGAGAUGAGCUGUACACAUCUGUAUACAGCUGUAAAGCUAAAUCAAACACAUACUGUAACAUCUGGAUGAUCUAUGAACUGCAAAUAAUUCGUUUAAUUCUAAAAUGAACAAAAUGUCACAUACAUUGCUCCCUACCGAAAGGGUAUUUGUUGCAUUUCUGUAUUAACAAAUAUCUGGUUUACUGUCCUAAUCUGUAGAUUCCCAUUACACACACACUAUAUCAAUGCCACACCAGUUCAUUAAAGCUACAGAACAUUAUUUGCUACAUUAACAGUUACCUGAAAUUUUAGCUGACUUAAGCAUAUAUGUCAUGUUACAUAUGUACAGUAUGUCUUUCUUACAAAUUUCCAAAGUAGAUUGAAAAUAUAUUAUCCUACCCUCAAGUCUUGUAAAACUUGAUCAAGACAAAAAAUCUAUAAAAACAAAUUACAUAUCCAACACAAUCUUACAAAAACAAUAAAAUCUUGUCAUAAUUUUGACAUGAAAAAACGCUGUCAUUCCUUGCUUUUAGAGAUAAAUUAAAAAACAAGUUGUGCUUGUAAAGUUAUGAGUCAUCUAAGAAUAACUGCUCUAUUCCUGAUUUCUUGAUUUAUCAAGCAUAAAGCAUAAAAACUCUGACCUUAAUUGACAUUUUAUUUUCAAGUAAAAGUCCAUUUGU